CGCUCGCCUGCUGUUUCCCGGCACAGGCGGCGCAGGUGUCGCGGCAACAGCCGCCGGGGGUUGUGCGCGCUCCGCCUCGCCCCCGCCCCACCGAGAGGCGGAGCCGCGGCUCCCCGCCCGCCGACGGCGGGGCCAGGGGGUCAUGCUGCGCGCCGCGGCCUGGCGGCGGUGGCCGCGCUGGGGGGCGGCGGGUGGCGGGGGCGCGCAGCCCGCGGCGCUGCCGCCGUGGCGGGGGCGCUGCGCGACGCGGCGGGAAUGGCUGCCGCCGGCCGGCCAGCACAGCGGCAUCGUGGCGUACAACAGCCGGAGCCGGCGGAAGGAGCCGCUGGUGCUGGGCCAGGAGGGAGCCGCGACCUGGUACAGCUGCGGGCCGACGGUGUACGACCACGCGCACCUGGGCCACGCUUGUUCCUAUGUUAGGUUUGAUAUAAUUCGAAGAAUAAUGACUAGGUUUUUUGGAAUUGAAGUAAUCAUGGUGAUGGGGAUUACAGAUAUAGAUGACAAAAUAAUUAAAAGAGCCAGUGAGAUGAGUAUAUCACCAGUAGCUCUUGCUCGUAUUUAUGAAGAAGACUUUAAACAAGAUAUGGCUGCCUUGAAGGUCCUUCCUCCUACAGUAUAUAUGAGAGUGACUGAAAACAUUCCUCAGAUAGUUUCCUUUAUAAAAAGAAUAAUUGCUAGUGGACAAGCUUAUGCAACCUCAGAAGGUAAUGUUUAUUUUGAUGUUAAGUCUUGGGGAAAAAGAUAUGGAGUAUUAACUACUCUUUACCCAGAUGCAGAAGAUGAAGCAGUCGAUGCUGAUAAACAACAUGGUAAAGAUUUUGCCCUUUGGAAGGCUGCCAAACCUCAAGAGCUGUCUUGGACUUCUCCCUGGGGAAGAGGAAGACCUGGAUGGCACAUUGAGUGCUCCACAAUAGCAAGAAACUUAUUUUACUGUGGCUGGAGGAGGCUCCUGUCAUGCAGUGCAGUGUUUGGAAAGCAUUUGGACAUCCAUACUGGUGGAAUAGAUCUUGCAUUUCCUCAUCAUGAAAAUGAAAUUGCACAGUGUGAGGUGUAUCAUCAGUGUGAGCAAUGGGGGAAUUAUUUUUUGCAUUCUGGACAUUUGCAUGUUAAAGGAAGUCAAGAAAAAAUGUCCAAGUCAUUAAAAAACUACAUAACAAUUAAGGAUUUUCUGAAGAAAUUUUCAUCCGAUCAAUUCAGGAUGUUUUGUUUGCGCAGCAAAUACAGCUCAGCAGUAGAAUUUAGUGAUGAGACCAUGGAUGAUGCAAAGCACCUUCUUCAGGCAAUUUCCUCUUUUAUUAAAGAUGCAAAUGCUUAUAUAAAAGGACAGCUGGUAUGUGACCCUGUUAGGGAAGACAUACUGUGGGAAAGGCUAGCCAACACAAAAGUAAAUGUGAAGGCUGCAUUUGCAGAUGACUUUGACACCUCCAGGGCUGUUGCAGCAAUUAUGGACCUCAUUCACCAUGGCAACAGACAGCUUAAGGCUGUUACUAAGGAAGCUGUAUAUCCUAGAAGCUCUGUUGUGUAUGGAAGCAUGAUUUCCUAUAUAGAGGGCUUUUUUAGUGCCCUUGGAAUGUCCCUUGGAGAAAAACAGAUUGCUCUGGAAGGAGGAAAUUCAGCCAUGCUCUGUAAUGUGAUUGAUGAGCUUGUAAGCUUCCGUACGAAGGUGCGUAAUUACGCUCUUGCUCUGCCUGAAGCAACAGAAACUAUGCAAAUGGAAGGUGCCAUGGGAUCAAAAGGACCAAAACAAGAACAGAAAGAAAAGAGGCAGCAAUUAAUGCAGGAGAGAAAACCCCUCCUGGAGGCUUGUGACCAUCUGCGUCGAGACCUUGCUGCCUUUGGAAUCCACAUAAAGGACAGAACUGCUGUUUCAACCUGGGAAAUUGUGGAAGGAGGUCAAGCAGAGCAGAGGAAUGAGAAAAAAAGCUGAUCCUUCAUCACUGGACUUUUUUUUUGAUUGCAGUUACUUUCAGAACAGUUGUAAAUACUAAUUUCCAAAUAAAAUCUUCAGAACAGAAUGGCUAACAAACAAAGCUGUAACAUAAUUUGAACAAAAAUGACCAUGCUGUUAACUCAGUAAAUACAAGAAUUUAGCUGUUA